AUGAUUGGUGGCGUCGACAAUCAUGAGUUAUCGGAAGAGGAUAACAACAAUGGUGAAGAUGAAUAUGAUGUGACAGUGGAAGAGGAAGGUAACAACAAUGAUGAAGAAGGAGAUUAUGUGCUAGAAGGAGAUGAUGUGCUAGAAGAAGAUGACGAAAAUAACAACAGAGAAGAAGAAGCUAAUGUGAUCCUAGAUUCUAAUGGUGUAGACGGCGACGAUGAUGAUGAUGUUUCGGGUGAAGAUCUUAUAGCCAACAUGGCUCCGAUGAAGGGAAUGGAAUAUGAUUCAAAAGAGAGCCUUAUGAAAGCCUAUCAAGAUUAUGCGAAGCUGCAAGGCUUUUCUGUUGCAAUACGUAGCUCGUCGUCUAAGUAUUACGUGCUUGCUUGCUUCAAAGGGCGAAAGCCUAAGGAUGUAAUUAUGAAGUUUACCAGACAAACGCAGUGUCUGGCUCGUGUUAAUUGCAUUGUGAAGACUAAUGGUAAAGUGAUUGUGUCGAAUGUUGAGUUGAAUCACAAUCACAGUCUUGAGCCGCAAUUGUCAAUGUUUAUGCCGGGCUAUAGGACUUGUAAAAACGUGAGGACUCUAGAAGUUAUGGCCGGAGGUCCUCAGAAUCUAGGUGUCACUGAGCGAGUCUGUAGGAACUUCAUAGAUAAAAGGAGAAGGUUGAGACUUGGAGAGGGGGACGCCAAAGCUAUACACGGGCUGUUUUUGAGAAUGCAACACAUUAUGGAUGUUGACGAUGAAGGACGUCAGCGUAAUGUGAUGUGGGUACAUCCUCGUAGUAUAGCUGCGUACAAAGAGUUCCACGAUGUUGUGAAUUUUGAUACAACUUACCUUGUAAACAAAUACAAGAUGCCGUUGGCAACGGUUGUCGGAGUUAACCAACAUAACCAAUCAAUAUUAUUGGGAUGUGGUUUAUUGAGUCACAAGUAG